CUUUAGUGAGGUGUAUGCAUUUCGCACCCUCUCAUGGAUUCACUUUCUCCACUCCUCUCUUCUUAUCCUUUCCCUAACAAAAACCACACCAAAACCCAGAAACUCCAUUCCUUCAAACUCUUCUCUCUUCUCUCAAACCAUAACCCAUCACUCUCUACAAUCCUAUCUUCUGCAUCUUCUCAACAACCCCAUUUUCCCUUCACCAAGAAAAACACACUUUCUGCAGCACCCCAAACACAUUCCUCUAACUCACUUCAAAACCUUCUCUUAGCAAGUUCUUGUUUUUCAUUUACAAUGAUUGACAUCUUCACUCCAUUUUCAUGCCUUGCUGUUGAAGCCACAGCUCCCACUUUGGUUGAGUCAUAUGCAGGCAAAAUCAACUUGGAAUCGAUUCUGGUUUCAAUUGAUGACUUUUUCAAUCGAUACCCAUUUUUCGUUGCUGGGUGUACCUUCAUUUGGAUGGUUGUUAUCCCUCUGACAGAAGAGUAUUUCAAGAAAUACAAGUUUAUUUCAGCCAUUGAUGCAUUCAGGAAGCUCCGGGAUGACCCUGAUUCUCAGCUCUUGGAUAUAAGGGACAGGAAGGGCGUGAGGUUUCUGGGGUCUCCCAAUUUGAAGAUUUUGAAGAAGGAAGUGGUGCAGGUUGAGUUCACUGAUGAAAAUGAAGAUGGGUUUGUGAAGAAGGUGUUGGAGAGAUUCAAGGACGCGCCAAACACUGUUAUCUGUGUUUUGGAUAGUUUUGACGGUAAUUCUAUGAAAGUUGCUGAGUUACUAUUCAAGAAUGGUUUCAAAGAGGCCUAUGCAAUCAAAGGUGGAGUUAGAGGCCAGAAAGGGUGGAUAGCUAUACAGGAUACUCUUUUGCCCCCUUCUGUGCAUAUAUACAGAAGGAAAAAGACUAAAGCUUCACAACAACUCACUACAAAUGGAAAUGGAGCCAUUCCGCAAAAUGCUAGCAAUAAUGAGAGUGCCUUAUCCCCAGAUACCCCUGAAAAUGGAAACCAAAAGACAGACAAUGGUCAUGUGAAAAGGUCUGUAGAGUCUGUUCCCGAAGUGAAAAUUGGUUCAGUAGCUUCCUCCUCUCCCUAUCCCAAUUACCCAGAUUUGAAGCCACCAUCAUCCCCAACUCCAUCAAAGCCACAAUAAUGAUGUGAAGAGAGAAAUACAAAUACACAAUCUGGUGACUGUCAAAUUGUUUAAUUUCUAAUAUUACAAUUAUUCCUUCUUUCCUUUAUGAGUUUAUGUUGAGUUUUAGAGAUAUAAUGCAAAGUACGUAACCAUAUACUGUGUAAACUGAAUCAAGUAGUAUUUGUUGUACCCCAGCCAAAAGACUUGGUUGCCAAUGCAGUGAUUGUAGCAAAAUUUUAGCAGCAAUGAGAAGUGAAU